AUGCUUAACGAUAAUAAGGACAUUACUUCGCAUUCUAAUUCAGAGAUUUCAGCUGGAUAAAACCAUUACUAGAGCCCUGAAAAUAACAAGGAUAGUAAAUUUAAAUUAUCUGCAGCUAAUAAUCAGUUAAAAAAGAACAUCACAAAGAGAAUUACUGAAGGUAGAAUGCAAUAGUCGGUGAAGGACCAGUCGUUUUCAAGUUAACUAAUCACUUCAUAAAAUAUUUAGAUGAGAUCUCACAUCUAAAAAAAGAAUAACGAAGACGAAAGCAAAAAUUUACCUACAACUGAGAUGAAUAAUAAUGAUAACAAUGAAGUCAAAAGGAAAGGCAUUUUUGAGGAGUAUUAAGAAAGAUGGGAGAAAAACAAUAAAAAAAUAUUCCGUUAUCUGAUAACAUGGAAGGUAGGAGAUGAUGGUAAAAUCGAAGAUCAGCUUAAAUUGAUGAUUACUUAUCUCUCCAUAAUAUUUAUAUUCAUUUUAGUUAUUUGUGGAUUUGCAACCACUUAUUACUUCCACCAAACUAACAAGUAAAAUAUAAAAUACUCUAUUGAAAACUAAGCACAAACAAUUCUCCAAAAUGGUUUAAGCUAAUAUCAAAACUCCACAGAAUAUAUUUUCAAAGGCUAUGAGUUUGUACUUAACUACCUGAAUGAUAUUAUUCUAUCAAAGCUUGAAAUCAGCUACAAAAUUUAUGAUUUUAACUAGAUAAGGCAGUUUCCUUACAAAGGACCCAAAAGAAUGCAUUAAAAAGGAGAUACUAAUACUUCGAUGUGCGACAUCUAUACAGGACCUGUUCAAUUUGAUAUAAAUCCAGUGAGCUUGAAGUGCAUCGAUUGGUAUAACUUUUAGCCAAAUACUGUACCUACAGUUAAUGAAUUUGUUUAUCAAAAUGUUAUAUCUUCUGACACUUUAGUUUAAGCAAUAGACAUUUUGAAUUACAUUUUAGAAAGUUAGCUGUUUGACGUUUUUGUAACUAAGAUUUACAAAAUCUACUUUGGAUUUGAAGCUAGAUAAUAAAUGUUUAUCUAUCCAGGGCUUCUCCUCAAUUACAUAGAAAGUAAUUUCACAAUGAUUGAAAGACCAUGGUAUAAUGUCACAAAAUAAUAUCACUUAAAUUAGGCUGACAACUCUACUUACAGAGUCAUUUCUACGCCUUAUUAUGAUGCUGUUUCUGGAGAUCGUGUGGUGACUAUUUCAAAAGCAAUUCUUGCUCCAAGUCCUUCAGACCCAACUAAGAGAUAUCUUUAGGGUAAAGGACUUUUUAUGGGAGUUGCAAACGUAGAUAUAAAACUUAGUUAAUUCUAAGAGCUCUUUUAGGAUAUUACAUUUUAUGAAACGGGAUAUUUGGCUAUUGUUAGUAAUGAAGGUUAACUUUUAAAUGAGCCAGCUUAAUUUAUUAUCUAAAUAUAAAUGUAAGGAAAAGUUUAUGAGUCUCUUUCAAUUACUCAACUGAUUAAACAAGAUGUAUGGAAUAGUAUUAAAACAAGUAAAGAGUAAGUUUUACAAUAAACUACCAGCAUUUAAGGAUUAGACAUUGUUAUAGCUAGCAGCGUUAAUAGUGACAAUUUUUAUUAGGGCUAAAGCAUAGUUAUUAUGUUUAUAAUUCCUAGCAGUGAAGUUUAUGGGGCAAUCGACUCGUAAAACUCAGAAAAUUUAAAAAGAAUCUUACUUUCUAGCUUAAUAUCUUUUGGUGGUUUUUUAAUUGCGACAAUAAUUUGUACAAUUUAUGUCAAAAAGAAAAUUAUCCAAAUGGUUUCUGCUAUCACAGAGUUAAAUUAGAGUGCCCUUAAGCUUUCAGGUUAAAAUAGCGACUCAAGUACAAAUUCCAAGAAGGAAGUUAUGCAAAAGCUGAAUGAAAUUCAGCAGAAAGCAGAAAGUGAAACAAUUAAAGAGUUAGUCAAAGGAUUUGAAAACCAGCUUAAAGGUAUUUCAAAACUAGGAAAAGGAGGUUAAAACAUCCUUAAAAAUGGCAAGAAUGUGCUAAAAUAUGAAUCAGCAGAAUACUGCGGAACUAAUUUGGCCUAAUACAUAGAUCCAUUAUUAAACUACCUUGACAGUAAAAAGGAAAAAAUGGAAACAGACUCAAUUAAUUACUAGCAUACCAAUCCUCUUUGUGUAAACUAAAUUCCUGUAAAAACUCUCCAAAGCCACAUUAAUUAAACUUAGCUUAAAAAAAAAGAGAGUGAAAUGGCACCAAUUUUUUCUGAUAAUCCUAAUGAUACAAAUGGAGAGCUUCUUAAUUUUAUGAGUGCAGCAAAUCAAACUAUAGGCUCUCCCCUAUCAGAUAUAAGUGGCGUCAGUAAAUCAAAUCUUUUUAAAAGCAAACUAUACAAGUCUAAUAACAUAGGAAAACCCCUAAGUCUACGCUAAAAUGAAAAAUUGGCAGGCGAAAGCUAACAUGGUAAUGAAAUUCUUAACUGCAGCGAUAUAAAUAUUGAUGAAAAUUCAAGAGAUGAUGUUCAUUAAUGA